ACUAAAGAGGGUCUGGCAGAGCUGUAUGAAUAUAAAAAAAAAUAUUCUGAUGCAGACAUUGAGCCGUUCUUAAAAAACUCCUCACAGUUCUUCCAGAGCUAUGUAGAACGAGGUCUCCGGCUGAUUGAAAUGGAAAGGGAAGGCAAAGGGCGCAUUUCUUCUACAGGAGUUUCUCCACAGGUGGAGGUAUCAUGUAUCCCCACUCCCACCAAUGUAGUCUCUUCUGCUAUUGGAAAUUCAAAUGGGGAAGAGGUGGGGCCAUCUGUCUAUUUGGAAAGACUAAAAAUCCUCAGGCAGCGAUGUGGCCUUGACAAUGCAAAGCAAGAAGACAGAGCAUCACUGGCCACCCCACUGUCCAAGCCGUCAGCCCCCACAGUUGCAUCCUCUACAGAUAUGCUCCAUAGUAAGCUUUCCCAGCUCCGCGAAUCACGGGAACAAUACCAGCACAUUGAUCUGGACUCCAAUCAGACCCAUGCUGGCAUUGGAAGUACCACUUCCUCUUCCACAGCAUCCAAUAUUGAUGAUUUGAAAAAAAGACUGGAGAGAAUAAAAAGCAGUCGCAAGUGAAAUUGUGUGAGACGGUUUGGCUAUUGCAGAGCUGUCCAUCUUUAGUUGACUAAACUAGAAGUUUUCAUAGUUAAGUGGCCUCAUGCAGGCCUUAUGUAUACAAACUGGUUUCUGUGUAUAAUACAGCAGAUCUUGGAGGAGGAUCCAAGUCAAUGUGGCACAAAUCUUUGUAUAUAUUUUGCUUCUUUGUGAGCAUUUCUUGACUGUAGAAGACUGUCCGUGUAUUAGUUUUAGUGUACAGAGCUGUAAACAACAAUUCUCCUGCUCAGUCCAGUUUCUCAAAACUUGGUUUUAUCUUAGCUCUCUUAACUCUUAGAAACUUUUCAUUGCAUUCAUUUUUAAUUUUGUGAAUUACUUCUCCAUAUAGUCCUUGAACUGUUUCUGUAUGGACGCAUGGCAUGAAGCAACUAAUUUAAGUGUCUUUUUGUAAAUAAAGUUUGCAUUAACUCUCUAUGGGAGCAGCAGUGACUGUUGGUGGCAGAUGUUCAUCCAUGUUCCUAAUUGCUAGCGUGAUUCAGCAUUUUAGUUGUUAAGUGAGCGUGUGUUUAAGUCACUAUAGCAAAUGAACUUUCAUUGGGAAGACAUGGAGAAGCUGAGACACUAAUGUGUAAACAUGUUCCAGAUAAAAGAAGCUUUUAAUAUUAAAAAUAUUAUUACUGUUAUAGAAAACUCUGAUGCAAAGCCAGAACAUUUUGCAUCUCAGACAAUAUCUUCAAAAGCUCUUCCUAGAAUCCUAAUCAAGUUCAAUAACAUACCCUGGCUAACACUUUUGUACCUUUUGAGGACUGGUAUUAAGCCUUUUUGCGCAUUAGAUUUCCUCAAGAUAGAUGAAAAGUAUUCUGUAUUCAAGAUGGGCAGAUAGUCUGGGUUUUUCUUAAUGCUAUUCUGUUCAUGCAGAAUCCAUGUUCUCUUAUUACCCAAGAAGUUGCUAGCACGUUUGUGUUAAAUGUACGACCAGAAAUUGCUAAUAAUGAUUGAGAUCUUUGGGAUUCUACUUCCAAAAUUAUUAUGCUUUGAAGUGAAUAGAUAUUGUGACUAUUGAAGGUCACACUAUUUGUCACAAUAUACAUCCACUUCAGAGCAGAGUUGUUAGUUGCGAGGAAUUCUCUGACUGACUUGCAGCUCUUUUAUGCAUGAUUGCCUCAUAAAAUCUGGUCCUCUGAGUGCCAUAGCAUAGAGUUUCUGUAGCAUCUUUAGCACUUCCCAUGUUCCUACUAUAGUAGAUAUCUUGAACUGAGUCCUGUUGCUAUGACAUACCAUACUCCCUGGAGCAUCAGCUGCUUUUACAACUGACAUAGAUUUCAUUUGCAUCUUUAUGCUUGUUAAGCUUUGGCUGAUAGUGCUGGUGCUAUACAGUAGUUCUGUAUUGCAGCCAGUCAGUUUGGUAAUUAUCUGUAAAAAUGUAAUUGGUCACUGGAUGCAUAUAUGAUAUGAAAUCUGGUGGAAGGUUGGUGUAAUCAGAGUGCUUAUCCCUAAUAUGUGGAUUAUCUUAUUUAUAAGAUUGCCUCUACUUGCCUUGAAACCUAUUCUAAUUUGCAGUCUUUUCAACUGAAACUACUACAUAUAGAAUUACUUGCCUUAGUUAGGAAUAUUAAAGAAUGAAUCAGCACCUGUCCAACUAGAUAAAAUAGGUUUUGUGUUUAAAAGCCAGAAUAAUCACUUGCUAGCACUUAUGGUAGGGCCUUGAAAUGGUGUGAAAAAUAUAUGUAUUUUGCUAACAUAGUUUUCUUCUGGUACACUAUUAGAAAUUGUAACAAAUCCCUAAUUUUUCAAUAAUAUACAAAAGUUCACUGAUCACUACAGAUUCUAUGAGAUAAACAUUGGAUUAUAACAUUCAGGGAUAUAUUAGAAAUAAUAAUUGGAAGUGAAGCUUCUGGGCCUAACUUUGUCUACAAAUAUACUUUGCUUCUUUCCCCUUUCCUCCUUGCCAUGUGUGGCUUUUAUCACUUUGAUAAGUAUCAUUUUAAUAUUGGUUUCCAAAAUGCCCUAUAGUAUUUAAAUCAUUUUUAGCUUUAACUUAGUACCAAUGGAAAUGUUUCUACAGUACAUUUGAAUAAAUGUUACCUUUUACUAUUAA